AUGCCUCGGAAGCAGCAGGCUGACUGCAUCGUUCUCUUCACAUUCCUGGGUCUGUCUGGGCUGGUUGGUGCAGUGACCAGAACAUACCACAUUGGGAUUGUGGAAGAAUACUGGAACUAUGUACCCCAAGGCAAGAACGUUGUUAGCGGAGGAAGUUUUUCAGAAGACAAACUUGCAACCUUAUUUCUCAAAAGAGGGCCCAACAGGAUAGGUGGUCUUUACAAAAAGGCUGUUUACAGACAUUACACAGAUGGGACCUAUUCCACAGAGAUCCCCAAACCUCCCUGGCUUGGAUUCCUGGGCCCUAUUUUGAGGGCUGAAGUGGGGGAUGUGAUUGUCAUCCAUUUGAAGAACUUUGCUUCCCGACCAUACUCUUUGCAUCCACAUGGCGUUUUCUACAACAAAGAUUCAGAAGGAGCCCUAUACCCAGAUGGAACAUCUGGAAGGAAUAAGAAUGAUGAUAUGGUUCCUCCUGGCAAUAACUACACCUAUAUCUGGCCAGUGAGAGAAGAAUAUGCCCCUGCUCCAGCGGACGCCAACUGUCUGACCUGGGUGUACCAUUCGCACAUUGACGCGCCUAAGGACAUCUGCUCUGGGUUAAUUGGCCCCCUGCUGGUAUGCAAGGAAGGUGUCCUGAAUAAAUAUUCCGGGACAAGGACAGAUGUGGACCGAGAAUUCAUUAUAAUGUUUACUCUGGUGGAUGAGAAUCAAAGCUGGUACCUUGAUGAAAAUAUCAGACAUUUCUGCACUGACCCUGAUUCAGUUGACAAAAAAGAUGCUGUUUUCCAGAGAAGUAACAAAAUGCAUGCCCUCAAUGGAUACCUCUUUGGAAACCUCCCUGAGCCUGAGAUGUGUGUUGGUGAAUCGGUGUCCUGGCACCUCUAUGGGAUGGGGAAUGAGAUAGACAUCCAUUCCAUCUAUUUUUAUGGCAACACCUUCAUCAGCAGAGGGCAUCGGACUGAUGUCAUCAACCUGUUCCCAGCCACCUUCCUGACAACAGAAAUGGUAGUCGAGAAUCCUGGGAAGUGGAUGAUAACUUGCCAAGUUAGUGAUCACCUACAAGCCGGCAUGCUGGGACAGUACAAUGUUGGUAACUGCAAAGGUGAUAUUCCUCACCCCAAAAAGAAGGGUCAGCAGAGGCACUACUUUAUAGCAGCUGAAAAAGUUCUUUGGGAUUAUGCUCCUCAAGGCUAUAACAAAUUCAGUGGUCUUCCCCUAAAUGCUUCUGGCAGUGACUCCGAGCUCUACUUCACACAAGGGGACAACAGAAUUGGAGGAAAAUAUUGGAAGGCUCAGUAUAUGGAGUAUGUUGAUGCAACUUUUACUCGAAGAAAGAGACUCUCUGAGGCAGAAGCCCAUCUUGGAAUUCUUGGCCCCGUCAUCAGGGCAGAGGUGGGUGAUACCCUGCUAGUCACCUUUGCCAACAAAGCCGACAAAGUCUACAGUAUUUUGCCCCAUGGCGUGAUCUAUGACAAGGCCUCUGAUGCAGCCCCAAACAUAGAUGGAUUUCUGAAGCCAGGGGCUCAUGUGAAGCCAGGUGAAACCUUCACGUACAAGUGGACAGUGCCUGAGAGUGUAAGCCCGACGGCCGGUGAUCCCCCCUGUCUGACCUAUCUUUACUUCUCAGCGGUGGAGCCCAUCCAGGACACCAGCGCUGGUCUUGUGGGGCCCUUGCUAGUCUGUAGGAAGGGUGCUCUCAAUGCCGAUGGGACACAGAAAGGAAUAGACAAGGAAUUUUACCUACUGUUCACAGUCUUUGAUGAGAACUUGAGCAGGUAUCUUGAUGAAAACAUUCAGAGGUUUACAUGGCACCCCUUCAGUAUUGACAAAGAAGACAAGGAUUUUGUGAAGUCCAACCGAAUGCAUGCUAUUAAUGGCUUUAUGUAUGGCAACCAGCCAGGCCUAAGCAUGUGCAAAAAGGAUAGAGUUUCCUGGCAUAUGAUUGGAAUGGGCACUGACACGGAUAUGCAUGGAGUUUAUUUUCAAGGGAACACCAUCCACCUACGAGGGACUCACCGAGACACCCUAGCCCUGUUUCCCCAUACCUCCACAACGGUGUUCAUGCAGCCGGACCAUGCAGGUAUUUUCAGGCUGUUUUGUUCCACCAUGCACCACUUCGCGAGAGGCAUGAAUCAGAUAUAUGAGGUCAGCAGCUGUGGCAACAAGGACCCUUCUGAGCAGCCAUACGGGAUGAUAAGAACCUUUUACAUCGCCGCUGAAGAGGUAGAAUGGGAUUAUGCCCCUAACAAAAACUGGGAGUUCGAAAAGCAGCACUUGGACGCAGGAAGGGAAAGAUACGGAGAUAUAUUUAUGAACCACACUGAGAACUGGAUUGGCUCUCAGUACAGGAAGGUGAUUUACAGAGAAUACACCAAUGGUGAAUUUGUGGAGAUCAAGGCCCGACCGCCACGAGAAAAGCAUCUGGAACUCCUGGGCCCAAUGGUUCAUGCUGAGGUGGGUGACUCCAUACUGAUCAUAUUUAAGAACAAAGCCAAGCGGCCCUACUCCAUCUCAGCCCAUGGUAUUGAAGACAUGGAGAGUGGGAAGCAACUCCAAGCAUCUGUCACAAAGCCAGGAGAAAUAAACACCUACAGGUGGAAUGUCCCUAAAAGGUCUGGUCCAGGACCAAAUGAUCCAAAUUGUAUUCCGUGGGUUUACUAUUCAACAGUAAACUUUGUGAAGGAUACAUAUAGCGGUUUGAUGGGUCCUCUGAUUAUUUGCAGAGAAGGAUUGUUGAAUGAGAAGGGAAGAAGAAGCGAUGUUGAUUAUGAAUUCGUUCUCUUGUUUUUGGUAUUUAAUGAGAAUGAAUCCUGGUAUCUGGAUGACAAUAUAAAGAAGUAUCUCAAUAAAGAUCCACGACAUUUCAGGCACACUGACGACUUUGAAGAGAGCAACAAAAUGCAUGCUAUCAAUGGAAAGAUUUUUGGGAAUCUCCAUGGCCUUAUCAUGAAUGAGGAUGCGAUGACAAACUGGUAUCUGUUGGGAAUGGGAAGUGAAGUGGACAUACAUACCAUCCAUUAUCAUGCUGAGAGCUUUCUUUUCAAAAUAGAUAAGUCUUACCGAGAAGACGUGUAUGAUCUUUUUCCUGGGACAUUCCAAACCAUUGAGCUGUUUGCAGAUCACCCAGGGACAUGGCUGUUACACUGUCAUGUGUCUGACCACAUCCAUGCUGGCAUGGAGACAACUUACACAGUCCUUCGGAACAUAGACAACAGGAUCCCUUACUCCACCAAGUCUCCAUCUGGUGGAGCGUCCCGCCCAGCCACAGUGCCCUCCAAUGAAGAACCUGGCAAAGAGCAGCUCUAUUUCUUUGGCAAGAAUCUGGGUCCUAGGGGAGCCAAAGCAGUCUUGGUCAUCCUCUUCAUCAUUGGACUCCUCCUCCUGAUCUCCACAGUGAUUCUCUCCAUCAGACUGCAGUCUGCAAGGAAGCAGGUUGCGUACCGGGAAGUCCAGUCCUGCACACUCCCCACGGAUGCUCUGUGAACCAGCUGGUCUUCCUCAGCAAGGAAACUGGACAAGGCAUCGUUCAUCAAGAAAGGUUUACAUUAUAUCCUGGAUCAGGCUCUGAUCCUUCAGAACACAACCAAAGCAAUUUGCUUUUACUUAUUUUUUAAUGGGCUGUGAAUAAUCCUCAGGUAUAAAAUACAGAAAGAACAGGUGUGUCUGAGAAAACACAGUCUGUUCUCUGAAUGAAUUUGCUGAGGUGGGGAAACCCUCUGAAAGAUAUCUUUAUUUUCCUUUUUUUUUUUUUUUUUUUUUUUUGUAAUUCUUAGAUUAGACGGUGCUUCCUCAGCUAACUCUCCAAGUUUCCAGAUGGACGACUUUGAGAGUUAUACUGCCUCGGACACCUAACUGAAAUGGCUCUGAUUUUUCAACACUGUUAUGUAAGAUGUUUCCCUUAGUCGUUCCAGGGAAAAUAACUUUCUGAGGAGUUCAUGGAAAUGUCUAAAUCAGUAUCUGCUGAUAGAAUUUGACCAAAUGAAGUUUUUGGAGCUUUAGCCAGCUCUCCUGGCCUUUUCCACUUUAAUAUAAAUAGCCUGUGUCCUGUUUGCUACAGAAGGCGAAGUUACCAGCAUAAAAAAAAAAUUCCUGCUGUUUUUAUGCAAACCAGUAGAGAUACUUUAAUGUUUACAACUCACUUCAUGUUCUGUGUUUUUACAAUGUUUCCAUGGCAACGUUGUUGGUUUUUUUUCCCCAAAAAAAAUCAUCUAGAGAAUUUGUAUUUGUAUUUUAGAACGUGGAGGGCCGGAAGCUAUAAAAGAGCAGGAUAGGUUCUCCCAUUGUGAGGCAGAGACUCCCUAAAAGUUUAGUAGGAGCUCCUGUGUGAGGGAAGCUUUGAAGAAGGCGAAUCUGGACUUGAGCCUUGAGUCUGAUUUUUCAUUCACCUAGCAGGAUCUUUCCAAGUCUGCAUCUUCUAGGAAAUAAAAACAGUCUCAUCAUGUGAGCAACACCAGGAAGAAUUCAUCAGUGCAGCUGACUGGUGGGGAGAAGAGAUCUCACAAAAUUCUUCAUUCCAUGCCUCUUAAAGACAGCCCUUUGUGGGAGGAAGGGAAAAAAAAAAAAGAGAGAGAGAGAGAAAAGGCUAGAAAAGAGAGAGUCCCAGUGACAAGUUUUAAAUCAUUAAAUCGGCUUUGAAAACAUGCAUUACAGUUUUCAAGGCUCAAAUGUAAAAAUAAAGGCAAUCCAUACUCUCUGUAUACAUGCCUAAACAUUAGGUUAAGAUUGAUAAAAGCAACUUUGCUUAUUACUAGACUUGAGAAAUUGCCCUUAACUCAGGGCAAGAUGCCCUGCGAUGCCAAUGUCAAUGCCAGAUGAGUGAUAUCAGUACAUCUGCCUUGGCAGAUCAUUUGAAUGUCCAGAUGAGCAAGUAGGACCUAAAAAAAUAACUCUGGUGGAGGGAUCUUUCAUACUUUCUCAUCUUCAUCUUGGUGAGGGGAAAUGGGUAAUUUGAUAGCAGUUAUAGUAUUACAUAAACCAGGAUGCGAAUGCUAAUAGUUCUGUUCUUAGUUUGCUUGAAUGUCAUAUCAAACAGUGUACCCAAAGGAUUUUGAAUUCCAGCCUGCUAACCACUGAUAAUGUGAUUUUGUAGUAUGUGCUCUAUGGUUUUCAUACAUGUGUAGGCUGUAUAAUUUCAUAAUAAUAAUUAUGAUAAAUGCCUUAUUUAUAACUCACCUAGACAACAAAUUAGUUUUUUUCCUUUUCUCUUAGUCUAUUUUUUUUUAAUGAAAAUGAAACCAUAAAGUAGUUUGAUUACACCAUUUCUCUUUUUAAUAAAGUUUCACAGAUUAU